UUCCCCCCCCCUCAUUUUCUCAUCUUUUUCUUCCUUUGUUUCUCAUUUUUUUUUGGUUGGAGUUUGAUGAUUCCCUGUUGGAGUGAGAUUCGUUGGCUUCCCAAAGAAGAAAACCCUAAUCACAUUGAUGAAACCCUAGAGUUAGUCAAGUCCUAGCCUAAAUUUGAGUGCAGUAUGCCUCUGUUCAGUUUGUUCAUCAGUUCAUUUUUCAAAUAUGGCCCAACCUUGGUUUUGCUUUUGGCGAUUUAUGGGAGUUGGAUGCCGUUAAUGUCUAUUUUUUAUGGGAUUAUGAAUUCAUUUUGAGAAACUGCAAUCGGCUGAGGAAUAUAGUACCGGUUAGAAUUUGUUAAGUAGUUUUUUUUAAAAUUUGGGGAUGUGGAUGUUUUGACCAUUUCUGCUGGAAUUUUUUAUGAGAUUAUUAUAAUUUCAAAAGCAUGAGUUGUUUUGUUUUUGGAUUGGGUGCAACCUUCUUCUGGAUUCUUAAAUGUUGAUAGAAAAUUGGGCUGGUUUGUACUUUGUGUAACAAUCAUUGUUCAUGGAUUUUUCUGGUUUUAAUCAUCCUUAUUUGGAGUUUAUCGUGGAUCAUCGAAAUAACUGCAACAUAUUCUUUAACUCCAUUCAGGAUAUUGCUCCUGGGCCUCUUGGUGCACAUAGCUUAACAUGUAUUCUUUAUUUUACUUUGAUGUUUUGUUAUCAAUAGCUUGAACUAAACCUUUACUUGGUAUUACUGCCGAUUACUCGAUUGUAUUUGUAAAUGAUGUGGCACCACAUGUAAUUAUAUGAUUGAGUUUGCUAUUGAGGAUCUUCAUUUAUUGCACCUUGAAUGAUGGGAAUAUUUUUGGGGGUUAGUAUCUUUUUAUUGGAUCAUUCAAAUACAAUUGUGUUUUCACGUGAGACUCUGCCAUAAAUUGACCUUUGUCAGUGUCUUUGGUCAUUACAGGAAGCUACACACACGCACGCACACAUGCACACCCACACCCACACCCACACCCACACCCACACCCACCCACUUCAUUUUCCCUUUUUUUUGGAUUCAAUAUUAAAAUGAAUUUGUUAGUGAACUAGGACAGAAGUACCAUACCAUGUCCAUGUAUGGAUACUUGCCAUACAUAGGAGCUAAACUAUAAUUCGUAGGAGAUUGUAGAGAUUGCCUUUCUCCCCUAAAUACUGGCUCAUUAUAAGUGUUUGUAGCAUAUUGCAGCUGAUAGAUAUGCUAUGCUUAAAAAAUAUUUGAAAUACCUAGUCAUCUUAGGAGAAUCUAUGCAUGUUAGUUAUAACUAGAAAAAUUUUAGGUCUUCCAGGUAUAACGAAGAUUGUGAGCGAUAACUAGUAAAAAAAAAGAAAAAAAGAAAAAAAAGGAAAAACUCUUGAGCUUACUUCAAGCAAAGAGUAAAAAGGUGGUAAUGUUGAAAUGCAAGAGGACAAGUUUUAUUGUUUCCAAAGUUUCAAAGAGUUAUAAAGGAUCGCCUUGAGGUUUAUGUUAGUUUGACUGGAACAUGAUGAUUGGAUGGCCAAAUAUCAAGUUGGAACACAAGUGCUGUUUUCCAUCAUUUGUUAAUGUUCUUCUACAUAGUUUUUUUGAUGGAGUUGUAUAUUUUGUGUGUGAGUGAACUAGUUGGUUUCUACUUCUAGUGUAUCUUUAACUUUUUUUUAAAAUUAUUUCUUUAGGUUGUUUUCUCCAAAGUUUUAAUUUUCUAGCAUAACAAAUAUGGUGGUUUUUCGAAACGGAAGUUAGUUGACUCGUCUGCAGCUUCAAACUAGUUUUUCUUUGUACUUUGAGUGUGAAAAAAUGGCGCAUCUUCAGCCUGAAUCAGUGGAGUACCAGGAGAACUUAGAAUCUUACCUCAGAUUCUCGCGCAAAGAGCUUCAAGUACUGUGUAAACAUAAUAAGCUUCCAGCAAACAGAAGCCAUAGUGAAUUAGCGAAAUCACUGGCAUCGUUUUUUGAGAAGAAAGAUGCUGGUCCACGUCCUUUGGAGGAGAAAUGUAUAAGUUUUGUGCCAUAUAUGGAGCCCACAAAUUCAGAAAAUCAUUUAGAAGAUAAGUCCAAAGAUUUUACUGGAGUGUGUCAGAGAAGAAGGCCGUUUGAUUCUACUAAUAAGGCUGGAAAUGGUGACCGAGGACCUGUUGCGGCCAAUAACCAGCAGAUUGAGAAAGACUCAGGACUUUGUUCCAAGUGGCGUUUAGGUGAAACUUUGAAGGACUCGAAGAAAUACUCAGAGUUGAGCGCCAAUUGCCAGAUAGUUCGGGGUCAUGCUUCCUCUAAUAGUGGAACUCAUAAUUCAGUUCCAAAUAUAAUGCCAAGAGCUGCUAAGGAUUCAACAACAGAUAGUUUGUCAUCUGAUGAAGGGAUCUCUACUAGUGAGAUGCCUUCAUUUCAAUUUUUUGUAAUGUCUGAGGAGGGACUUAAUCUUUAUGUUGAUUUGAAUUCAAGCCCCACAGAAUGGAUGACUAGCUUGAAAAAUGAAACCAGCAUCAGUCUUAAAAUGCAGGAAUCUAAGUCGAGAUUUCUUCCCAGUCGUACUGGAAACUUCUCAGAAGAAGCUGAUGCAAUGAAAAGUUCACAAUUUCAAGAUACAGGAAGGAACCUCCGUUGUGAUACAAUUGAUAGGAACAAUAGAUGCACGGUUUCUAAUCUGAGUUCAAAUAGUGACAAUUGUCAGUCUGUGGCUCCUCAGCUAGAACAUCACUUCGGAUCUUCUGAUUCAUCUGCAAUAACAUCAACUAGCAUUCCUGUCAGCACACUCGAAUAUUUGGAUGGGAAUCAAACAUUUCCCUCUCAUGCUACUACACUGAGUGAUCAAGUGAUCAUGGCAUAUGAUAGUUCUUGUCCAGGAGAUAAUAAUGCUUUUUCUGAUGACUUGAUAGAUGCUUCUUCUGUAAUGGAAAUUGGCAAUGCGCAGGUACCUUGUAUUUCUGGCGGACCCGCAGGAACAACAGAUUUAGAGCAAAUGGAGUGCCCCUCUCUAAAGAAUUAUGAUGAGUCAAAUAAUAAUGAAAUUAAUGGCUUUGGUAACUCGCUGGCAAGCAUUUCUGAGAAAAAUGACCUUCUGAAGUCUGAUGGAACUGAAAUGAUUGGAUUGACAUCUCAUAAGGUCAAUCUUGUAGAAGAUAAUGACACAUGCAGAGUCUUUAUUGAAAGAGGGACCAAGGUAGAUCCAACAGAAGGUGCAGAUGACCAUGAUAGAUCAUCAAUCUGUGGAUUUGGUGGGCAUGUGGGACUUGAUUGUUCAGUGACUCAGGCACAUACACGUAAGGUAUCAGCAGAUGACCUUCACGCAUGUAACCUUGAGAACUCUUUUGGCAAAAAUCCAGUUCCUUUAUUCAAUCAUGAACUGGGUAAAAGCACUCAAAUAGAGGAGAAAGAGGCCUCAGAAUGUGAACGAUCUCAGAAGUCCCUCGAGAAUAAUUCCAAAAGAUCUCAUAGUCCAGAGUUUCGUGAAGAAUCACCCACUAAGAGGCAUCAUUCAGAUGUUGAAAAUAAGAGUGGGAUGAUGGUGAGUUUAAGAAUCACCAGAGCAUCAGUGAGGGAAACUAUACGUGAAUCAGUUCCCUGUCCAAGGCGAUCUGCUCGUCUACUGAAGGAAAAUUGAAGCAAUGGAUUGGAUCAAAAUCAUCUUCUGUUAUAUUGAAAUUGAAGGCCAUGACGGUUGCAAUGAAUUUACUUGCUUGUUCAUGAUCAAACUGCAUAAAUUGCUUUCGUUUAAGCGCAAGGAGGCUGAGAUGACAGUCGCAGACAAGAGGCUUCUUUGGUUAUCAUGGUCGCUUAGUUCUUCACAAUUUUUGCUGCAUUCUUUCGACAUUAGGAUCUUUAACAUUUAUCAUUGGAGACUAUGUUUUUUUAUUCCAAAUUUAAUUUGUCAUAUAGAAAUAAUACAACGUUUACAUAGGAGCAGCAGCUACUGAGGUGAUUGUUGACGCUGCGAAGAAAUAAUUAUGAAGCCUUGCUCUUCAUAUUCGUUUGGAAACUUGCGAGGCUAGAGGUUUACUGAAACUUUCUGUGACUUGAACAUGUGGUUGUUCAUUUUAUCUUACUCUCUUAAAGAAGAUAUAUUGCAAGGAUGUUGCUUGAAUUAUGCAUGUGUUGCAUCUGAUAUUUUGGUUGAAAUCUUGAA